AUGUCACCGUCGGUGUGCGGCCAAGCCACCAAGGUCCAACUCUCAACUGUACCCGCACCUGAACGAUCUCACACCCGCUCAUCUCGCAAACUGGUCCCAGGAAUUCUCAUCGUCGCCGGGCUGACCUGGAUCUUCGCUAUUCGAUAUGGUCAAUCGCAAGUUUUUGACGUUUCCUUGCCUCUCGAUAGCCCGCAUUACCAAAGGCUAAAGUAUCACUGCGCUGACGUACCACCGAUAUCUAAAGACGAGUACCUGACGCGUCAAACGGACCUCGCCGAGCUCCUGCACACUCUCGGAGGGAAGGCAUACAUCGCCGAACCAGGCGCUAACACUCAAUUCUAUGCCAAUUUCUCCAACACCAACUGGCGUCUUUCCGAGAGACCUCUCUUGCUCCUGAUAUCCCCAACCGUGUCUAAGUCCCCCGCUGGAGAAACAAGGGUCCAACCCCAGAUGACGAUCCUCACCCCCAAGUUCGAGGCAACGCGGGCCAAGAAGCUUCCCAUACCCACCGUCGACGGGCUGCCGGUAAAGUACGCUAAAUGGGCGGAGGAGGAGAACCCUUAUUCCGUGGCGCUGUCCCCCUACGGAUGCUCGGCAUCGGCACCGUCGCAUGCUCGAGAUCCCGAAGGAGGGAUAAUUUUCGUGGACGAUAAUGUCCGCAAGUUCAUCGACGACGGACUGAAGCAUGCCCGACCGGACACGAUUCAAGUUCUGACUGCCGUGCCAGCUAUCACAGCAAUGCGAGAGCGCAAGUCCGCGGCUGAAAUCAAGAUUCUCAAAUGUGCCAAUGAGGCCACCCUCCUCGCCGUCCGGGAGGUGCACAAGCAGCUGUACCCCGGGAUUCGCGAAUCCCAAGCCCGGAGCGCGGUAGCCUCCAUCCUCGGCGCCGCUGGGCUCAUGAACGGCGGAUGCUUGACGUUGUUCGGAGAAAACGCAGCCCUACCUCAUGGGAGCGGUACGGACCGCACGCUGGCCGAGUCGGACUUUGCGCUGUUCGAUUGCACGGCCUCGCUGCACGGAUACUGGAGCGAUGUUACCCGCACGGUAUCCCUAGGGCCCUCGCACCUCUCGGCCCACCAGCGAGAGAUCUGGGAGCAAGUAUAUGCCGCGCAGGGCGUUGCGCUUUCCGUGGCCCGGAACGGGACGCGGACGGGGCUUGUGGAUGAGUCGGUUAGGAAAAUGUUGCUGGGUGUGGGAUACGGGCAGUAUUUCACGCAUCGGCUUGGGCAUGGAAUUGGGCUAGAGGUCCACGAACACCCAUACUUGCGCGGUGGGAACAACCAAAUUAUCGAGAUCGGGCAUACAUUCUCAAAUGAACCUGGGAUUUACAUCGAAGGCGAGGGGAAGCAAUUUGUCUCCAUGUGCAUUGUCAUUUGGCGUUUUGGGAGUCGCGGCAAGCAAGGGAUAAUUACUGACAGUGAUGAGGACCUGCAGGUUGGCGUGCGGCUGGAAGACUGCUUCUACAUCGCGGCAGAUGGCAAGGCGGUGCUCCUGACCGAGGGCGUGGGUGGGCAAGCAAGGGCACCCUGGCUACCUUAG